AAUAUGAUCUCAUUUCAUAUCACUCAUCAUAGUAACCAAUCUACAAACCAAAAAAAAUGGCAGCUUCAGCAUCAUCCAUGAUAUCAACUCAUCAUGCUUUAACCACAAACAUUCAAAAGCACCAAACUCUUAACCUUAAGCCAUCAAACUUAUGUUUCCAAGGUUUCAAACCAUUGACAAGGUCAACAAAAGUCACACAAAGCAAAAGAAGAUUUUCUAGUCUUGUUGUCAAAGCUGAACUCAACCCUUCACUUGUGAUAAGCUUAAGCACUGGCUUAUCAUUGUUUUUAGGAAGGUUUGUGUUUUUCAACUUCCAAAGAGAAAAUGUAGCCAAACAAGGCUUACCUGAACAAAAUGGUGUAACACACUUUGAAGCUGGUGACAAACGUGCUAAGGAAUAUGUUAGCUUGCUUAAAUCCAAUGAUCCUGUUGGUUUUAAUCUUGUUGAUGUUUUGGCUUGGGGUUCUUUAGGUCAUAUUGUUGCUUAUUAUAUCUUGGCUACUUCUAGCAAUGGUUAUGAUCCUAGUUUCUUUGGUUAAUUUAUUUUGUUGCAUGUUGUUUUUCAUUAUUUAUGUUGUUUUAAUUUAUCCUUUUUUGUUGGUAUGUUAUGUAAUGUGAUGAUGUAUAGUUUAUUUGGAUGAUGAGAGAUCCAACAAGUUCAUUAUCUUGGAUUGAAUAUGCUAAUUAACUUUCGUUAGUUAUUUGGACUUGAAUUUGGUUUGGAUAACAAUUGAUAUGAUCAAUUAAUGGAAAGUCAAACUUCUCUCUA